AUGGUCGAGAAGGUGGGAUGGACGUCGGAGGAGGACAGCGUCAUCGAGCGGGCCUACAAGGCCAUGGGUCCGCAUUGGACUGACAUUGCGGAGAUGCUCCACGACGAGAGUGGAGAGCGCAGGAGUGGCGACUCGGUGCGCAACCGUUGGCUCCGGCUGCAGAAACGGGCAAAGCUCGCCCGCUCCGAGGACUCGGACUCGUCUCCAGUCGCUGCGAGCGCCGACCUCUCAGCGGGGGGGAGCGGAGAGCGCGGCGGUGACAUGUGGUCAUGGCGCGAGACCCAGACCAUUGAGGAGGGCGUGCGGAAGGGACUCAAGUGGAAGGCCAUCGCCGCACUGCUGCCAGGCCGCUCGGACAGCUCGUGCCGCAACCGCUGGCUCCGCAAGAAGCAGAAGGAGCUCGCGAUGGCCGGCAUCAACGUCCGCAACGCCGCCGAGGUGGUAGCUGCCUGCCGGCGAGUCGGCCUGCUAGGCCCCUACAACCCGCAGGGCGCGGAGGCGAACGGGCCGAACACGUACAAUUGCGUGCAGCGCACCUCGAGGCCAUCGCAGAUCUCGCCCCUCAGCCUGUACAAGGGCCCAACUGCCAUCCUAACGUUGCCGUCCGCGCCGACGGCAAUGCCCAUUGUGCUGCCGGAGGCGCUUUCACUGCCGGUGCAAGGCAUGCGCCCAAACGAGCUGCAGGUGCUGCACCCCCAUCAGCUCGGGCAGCAGCAGACCGUGCUCUUUCCCGUCGCUGCACCGUCGCCGACCAUCCCGGUCCUCUCGCCUCGGGUGUGGGCGGUCCCGCCGUCCGGCUUGUCGCCGACCGCCUGUUUGCCGGGCUGA